AUUGUCUUUUUGUCCUGCCAGCAUGAUAAAGAGGAAGUGAGUCACUUCUCGAUAACCGUUUGUUCAGUUCUCAACGUUUCUAAACCAAGAUAAGCUGUAGGCUUCAUUUAACAAAGUAAGCUGAGAAGGCAUUUCCACCAUUUUUCUUAUUUCAAUUAUCUCUUCCCCGUAGCAUAAUUUGUCAUUUGUACAUAUGUUAAUCCUUUUGAUUUAGCAAUUAUCAUUAUCUAGCUUCAAACCAUAUAGUCUAUAACUUACAAAAGUUCACAAAGCAAGCAAACUUUUGUAUUAUUGUUGAUCGUAUCAUGCCUAUACUGAGUUUAUUAUUACAAUUGGAAUUUGUCACCAGCAGCUAUGAAGCGAAUGUAUUUCAUUAUAUAGACCCCCAUGCAUUUUAGUGGAAGUUGUGUCCCUAAAUAGGCUACAAGGUCAUCUCUUUAUCCAAACCUCGACAGUCUGUAUGAACAAUCUAUAAGGACCGAAGCUUUCUUUUAAAAGUGAGACUUUUUACUGUGGAAAUACGGAGCUUUGACCUGAGCCAAACAGUAGAAUUCUUCCAUUUAUUUUGAUGCAGCGAGAUGACUGGCCUUACGCACCACGUGCUCUGGUCUCAUCAGCAUAAUAUUCGUCCUGGUUCUGCUUAUAUAUAAACCACAAAAACCUGAGCUGUAGAAGUCCCUGCCUCCUAAGACAAACCACACAGAGAGACAAAAAAAAACUGCGGGUUUACAUCUCCUUCAUCUGUCUGACCGCAACUUGUGGGAUCACCUUUUUAACCCUUGAAAACGGGCGCUCCUGUUAUGCGAGAGAAGUUUAAUUCUUUAACACAUUUCUGUUAAGACUUCGAAUUGUUUUCGCUACCAUUUCAGGCUUUGCUUUCUGUUUUCACUUUGACGCACGUACUCCGUUCGAUUUACGCAGCGUGCACGUCGACUUCAGUUGUGCCUAUUAAACAGCGUUGGAUACACGAUGAAACUUAUUUAUUAUUAGGCUAUGGGCAUUUAGGCUAUAUUUACGACAUCAUCGCUGAAAAGAAAAAAGACCACAGACCAUUAACCUCACGGGUCCAAUUCAAGAGGAUAAGCUGAUUUUGACUCUGACGGUUUUUGUCCUGAAGUUCAAGAUCAACAUUGUUUUUGCACACUGAUGAGAGACCUUAACUAAACGAAGAUAGGUUACAUUUGAACACUUUAUAUAUCACUACUAUAAAGGACGCUGAAACUUGUGCACUGUGCAUCGCUUGUAAGAUAACCUGAUGGCAGCGUAGCGGAAUGCACAUCUCUUGAAAGACUCCGAUUUAAAAGAAAAUCUUCGUCUUCAACCUAAGUGUCCUUACCUCUGCUGACAGAGUGUUGUGAUGCGCAUUCCCAUAGAUCCCAGCACAAGUCGGAGGUUCAGUCCGCCGUCCAACAGUCUUCAAACAGUCCCCGGAAAAAUGAACGAUGUGAACACGGCCACGACUCAGCAAGACGGGACUUCAGCUGUGCCGAGACUUCGGCCCCACGACAAUCGGACGAUGGUAGAGAUCAUCGCGGAUCACCCCGCAGAACUUGUUCGGACGGAUAGUCCAAACUUCCUUUGCUCCGUAUUGCCAUCGCACUGGAGGUGUAAUAAAACUUUGCCCGUUGCUUUUAAGGUGGUUGCAUUAGGGGACGUUACUGAUGGGACAGUGGUCACAGUUAUGGCAGGGAACGACGAGAACUAUUCGGCAGAGCUCCGCAAUGCUUCAGCUGUCAUGAAGAAUCAAGUCGCUCGAUUUAAUGACCUGAGAUUCGUGGGCAGGAGCGGUCGAGGCAAGAGCUUCACGCUGACAAUCACAGUAUUCACGAACCCACCCCAAGUGGCCACUUACCACCGAGCCAUAAAGGUCACCGUGGACGGCCCGCGGGAGCCCAGACGACACAGACAGAAGCUGGAGGACCCGCCGAAGGCCGGCUUGUUUUCGGAGCGCCUGAGCGAGCUGGAGCGCCUCCGACAGACCACUAUGAGGGUCGCCAUGCCAACACAGAGUCCCCGACCGCUCAACAACACGGCCAACUCCUUCAACCCACAGGGCCAGAAUCAGAUCUCAGAUCCCAGGCAGUCGCAGUCUUCUCCCCCCUGGUCCUACGAGCAGCCCUACACCCCUUACCUGAGCCAAAUGACCUCGCCUUCCAUCCACUCUACUACGCCCUUGUCAUCCACCCGAGCCACCGGCCUGCCUGCCAUCAGCGAUGUGCCAAGACGGCUCUCAGGUACCUCUGAUCUGAGCCCAUUCUCUGCUGACCCACGGCAGUUUGAGCGUCAGUUCCCCGGCCUCUCCUCGCUGACUGAGAGCCGCUUCUCCAACCCACGGAUGCACUACCCGGCCACCUUCACCUACACGCCCACCCCCGUCACCUCCGGUAUGUCCCUGGGCAUGUCCACCACCACCCACUACCACACCUACCUGCCUCCGCCCUACCCCGGCUCCACGCAGAACCAGACUGGGCCCUUCCAGACCAGCAGUACUCCCUAUCUGUACUACGGCGCCUCGUCCGGGUCGUACCAGUUCUCCAUGGUCCCAGGGGGGGACCGCUCCCCAUCCAGGAUGCUCCCGCCGUGCACAAGCGCCUCCACAGGUAGCUCCCUGAUCAAUCCUAACCUCCCCAACCAGACGGACGGAGGAGAGGCGGACGGGAGCCACAGCAGCUCCCCUACGGUGCUCAACUCCAGUGGCAGGAUGGAUGAGUCAGUGUGGCGGCCAUAUUGAGACCCCAAACACUAUUGAGCAUGUAAAGAACUAGGCCUGAACACAGCACUGUUUGCCUUGAAGUAAAACAAGAGUGUUUUUGGCUUUAAGUGUCUUCAA